AUGAGACGAUAUAUGACAGACGGCCGCAAACCAAGAUACGGUUACUACGAACUGUUUGAUGCCGGUAAUAUCGAUGAUCAAGGUGGUGUUCUUGAUCCCAACAGUCCCAGAGCGCAUUAUGGAAAGGGCAAUACACUCUUCCACGUUGACUCCUCAUUCAACCCUCGACGCGCGAGCUUCUCUAUUCUCCGCGCCGUCGAGAUUCCUCCCCCCGGAAACGGCGGCAAUACCGACUUUGCCGACUCGCGCACAGCAUGGGACGAGCUCUCUCCCACACUGCAAAAGGAACUCCUCGAGAACGACUACAUCGUCCAUCACUCCAUUGCACACUCGCGCAAACUCGGUUCACCUGAAUUCUUCAAGGACCUAGACCCGACCAAUGAAGGCCACAUGGCACGCCACCGUCUCAUCCAAAUCCACGAACCCAGUGGCCGGCGAAACAUUUAUAUCGCUGCACACUCGCACCACAUCGAAGGCGUAUCCGAGGAAAAAUCCGCCGAGCUCAUUAAGACGCUUCUCGACCACGUCACGCAAAAGAAAUAUACCAUCUCCGUCGAGUGGAAACAGCCCACCGACAUGAUUAUCUGGGACAAUCGAUGCACGUUGCACCGAGCAAAUGGAGGUGCUUUUGAAGGCAAGUACAGGAGAGAUCUGCGCAGGACUACCGUACAUGAUACGAGCAGUACGGCUUGGGGGUUGAAUGAGAUUGCGGACACGGAGAAUUGGGUCGUUAAUCGUGCUGCGACUAGGGCUGCGGGGAAUGCCAAAUAG